GCGCACGUGCAGCACACAAGUGAUGUCGGAAUGAGACAACGUAGAGAGAGAGAGAGAGAGAGAGAGAGAGAGAGAGAGAGAGAGAGAGGCGCAAGUGGCGAAGGAGCAAACUGGUGGAAGCGCCACGUUGGCGUCGACAUCCAAUGUUAGGGCAUCCUCACCCGCCACCUCAGCAAGUGGAGCUGUGUGGCUGGCUCUGUCUCCCUUUUCCUUGUGCAAUUAUUUUGGAAGAUGAACAAGUCUACUUGAAAAAAUCUUGAUGAUGUAUUGGAUACGAUGAUAAUUUUCGUGAUCAGUCAUAUUUUCAAAACAUAAGAAUAUAGUUAUUCUUUUAGAGUAUGCAUAAAAGAUGCAGAAAUAAUGAACCAGUGAUAUUUAAAAAAGAUAGCAACAGUUUGAGAAGCUUACGGCUGUAAGAAGUCGGUUAGACGACAUCAACCGCAACACCAACCAAAGCACUGAGCAUGUCACUCCUAGUUUUCAUCAUUAUCUUGGCAUUUGACUAAUACCAUCGAGAUGAUUAACAAUACCUACCUAAUUAUAGCUAAAUCUCGAGACAAGUGGCAGUCGGAAGAAGAGAACCAAUGCAAUCUCGAAUUUAUUAUCUCGUGAUUUGAAUGGACCACUCAAAAUAUUGCAUUACUUCGUUGAUAACAAAUAAGAAUUUUUAUUCAUCGAAUCAAAUGAUUUCAUCAAAUCUAUUACGAUCGAUUGACAAAAAAAAACAUAUAAGUUGAUUGAGCCAAGUAGAAGCAAACAUAAAUCAUAUAAAACGGUCAAACAACACAUAAAUACAUCCCCUCGAGUUUUUGUCCUAAGAUUUCACAGAUCCAUCCAUCGUGAAGAACUCUAUUUUUCUUGCUUUCGAAUAUUUAAUAAUAAUAAUUAUUAUUAUUUUUGGUAGAAAAUAGAAAUUCUUCUUCUAGGCCUUUGAUGUGCUGUGCUGUCUCAGUAGCUCCGUUGAUGCCAAUUGUACUGUAUUGUUAGCCCACCCGCUGCUUACGUUUUUCCCUUCUUCUUCCCCACAUCAAACACACAACGCAAACUCUGCUUCUUCCUCCUCCUUCCCUCCACCCGUCGUUACUUCCAAUGCCUCUCUUCCCUUCCCCUCCAUAAAUUCCCCGCCUUUCCCAAUCCCCACCCACUUCACUCCUUUCCCUCGCCCAAAAACCCAAUUACCCUUCUUCUCUCUGCAUCUACAAUGGCGCCGCCUCCGAUCAAAAUCAACAAAUCGGCGACGGCUCAGUCCCUCAGCAGCUCCACCACGGCCACAACCCUCGUCCGGGAAACCCUCCGGAUUAGCGCCAAUCUCGCUUCCGCUCCUCCGCUUCCUUCUCCUCCUACGAAUGCUUCCAAUUCGGCGGUGCAUCAGCAGUUCCCUACCGCCGUCGCCGUGCCCCCUGUUUACGCUGAUAGGAUGAGGAUGGGGAUGGUGGAAGAAGAGUUUGUUCAAUCCAGCCUCAGGUUGAUAUGCUGUGAGGAGAUUGAUGGGCGCCGAUGGAAGUACGUCGCCGAGAAUGAUGGUACCGGCCGGUUUAAGAAGAAUUCGGUCCGUGCUGUCAGGUUGCACGCCCCCCAGGCACCCGUCGAGGAAUUGGUGUCAUUCAUAAGAUCCUACGUAGUGCCAGAAGGUUUCCCUGAUAGUGUCACUCCAUCCUAUGUUCCUUAUAUGACUUUCAGAGCUUUGAAGCAUUUCUUUGGCGGGGCAAUGGGCGUUUUCACGACGAAGACCCUUUUAAAUGCUGUUGGAAUUGCUCAUAAGCAAGCCAUUCCAGGAGCUGUUGCUAUUAAUUGGAUUCUCAAGGAUGGAGCUGGUCGUGUUGGAAAAAUGCUUUUUGCUCGGCAGGGAAAGAAAUUUGACUAUGAUCUGAAACAGCUGAGAUUUACUGGUGACCUCCUCAUGGAGUUGGGUGCGGGGGUAGAGUUGGCAACUGCUGCAUUUCCGCACCUUUUCCUUCCUAUGGCUUGUGCUGCUAAUGUGGCCAAGAAUGUUGCAGCUGUGACAUCUACCUCUACACGUACACCGAUUUACAAGGCCUUUGCUAAAGGUGAAAACAUUGGGGAUGUCACUGCGAAGGGAGAAUGUGUCAGCAACAUCGCUGAUUUGUUGGGAACUGGCCUUAGCAUAAUGCUUACAAGAAGAAAUCCUUCACUGGUGAUCACAUUUUCACUCCUUUCAUGUGGAUACCUCCUCAGCUCUUAUCAAGAGGUACGAUCUGUGGUUCUGCAUACUUUAAACCGAGCCAGAUUCAGUGUGGCAGUAGAUUCCUUCCUCAAGACAGGACGAGUUCCUUCAUUGCGGGAGGGAAAUGCUAGGGAAAAGAUAUUCAGCCCUCCUGGUGUGAAGGAGGGACCUAUUGUCCUUGGUCCGAGAUUUAAAGAUGCUUUUCAGGAUCCAAGUUCAUAUCUCGCUAUAGAGCCUUUCUUUGAAGACGAGAGAUAUUUGGUAACAUAUAACCCAUCAAAGGACAAAGUCUAUGCAUUGCUGAAGGAUCAAGCUAAGGCGGAUGAUAUCCUGAAAGCUGCAUUCCAUGCUCAUGUCCUGCUGCACUCCGUACACUCUGCUCAAGAUAGCCGUAGAUCUUCCUCUCAAAAGGUUCAGGAUCGGGAUAAAAACUUGAGCUACAUUCUGUCGAAUGCUGACCUCGGUGAUCGUAUUGCUGAGUCAUGCAAGAUGGUCUCAACCCUUUACGGCCCUUUCAAAAGUAAAGCCGCAGAACAGGGUUGGAGGAUGUCAGACUUGCUUCUCAAUCCCGGGCGAGCCCGCCUUGUUACCACCGGUUAACAGGCCUGACCGGAAGAUCCCUUUUGAGCUAUUUCUUACAGAUUGCCUGCUACUGGCUGUACAGGCGGCAUGAGAACUCCAAGAAAAGUAAAUAACAGACAUAAAGAACACAAAGAAGCUGACCGUGUGAUGGCAAAGGGCGAACGAGCGAGGCAGUGGCAGCAACCAGACCAACCAUCGGAGCCUCUCAACUCGUUGUAUUUAUAAGCUUGGCAACUUCGUUGACUCCAUGCCGCCAAGAAAAAAAAGGCUCUGGCUUUUGGUGGAUUUUUGGGUUUAUGGGAGUCAUUCUGAAGAUGGAUGGGGUUUGUUUGGUGAAGGAAUGGGAGGAGCAUAAGUGCAGACUGAGUAGCACAAUGGAUCUGUGAGUAAGUAGUAAAUAGCCGUUUGUUGGAGUUUUUUUUGGUAAAGUAGUACAUAGAGAAGAUGACUAACCCAGGAGGAGACGCAGGCCAGCAUAGUUUGCUCAACUGAACUCUUACAUUUCCUCCCUUUUCUGCUAUUGUUUUCCCGCGGGUUGUGUGUUGGUGUCCAAUUUCUUCUGGUAUUGUCAUUUUGGUGCGCUUUUCAAUGUGUCUCCUUAUCCUUUCUUGAUGGGCUGUGGCCAUGGCUUGGUCCAAUUACAUAUCCAUCGUUUUACCCUAGAGAUUAGGAGCCUGCAGGCUGCAGGGAUCGGAGUAACAUGUUCUAUUAGACAUUAGAGGGUAACUACUAACUAGGCUAGGGUGGAAGAAGGGCUCAGGUGAGUUCUAUUUACAUUACAGUACAGUCAGUGCAACAGAAAAUUUAAUGAGUCAAGCUGCUGCUCGUGCUGCAGACUGCAGUGCUUACUGGUGGUGGGUUUGAUUCAGUGCAGCAGUGGGUCUCGUUGGUUGGUUCAGAAUAUCAUGCAUGCUUCUCUACUUUCCUUGCUUGCUUUUGGGCUUCGACUUGUCCACUCUUACCUUUCACCUCAAAAAUUUGCCUCCAUCAAUAAAUGUCUGUGCAGUGUUUUGGUUAGAAGUGCUAGAUAGUCAGGAGAUUAGCUAGUCUGAGAGUGUUACCAGUAACUUGGAAGUUUUGAGGUCGACGAUCCAAAUCGGAUAAUAUCUUGUCCGGAAAAAGUAUAACAUGUGCGUGAUGUGAAUCAUAUACACAUAAAUGUACUCGAUUUUCCUUUAGGGCACAUUGUAAUGUCACCUUUCGUCCAAACAAUGAUGGUCGGCAUCUUCCCUUUGUCUUGUUGUUUCUCCCCGUUUGACGACAUGACAAAUGAGAUAUUACUUAUUAGCAAGUCAUACGAGGACAUUUCUGGUUGUUUCAAUUUGGUAGUACAAAUGUACAAUCAUAUGGCGUGUUGGUCCAUUUGAGAGGUAGUCUAGUCUAUAGUUUCUCCAACACAUAAAAAUAUCUUACGAGAGCUAGCUACUCUAGUAGUCUCAAGGCCGUCAAUCAGUUUUGAUCCUGACUCGGUGAGAAAAAACAGGUGCCAUGCACACACCCUUGGGUCGACCCACAACAGAUGUUCUCGAGUUAACUCAUCAUACGUCGCCAUUUCUUUUGUUGAUUUUUGAAAUGUGCAUCUCUUUUUUAUUUUCCCGUUCGUCUAAUCUUUUUUUUUUGUUUGGAAAUUUUAUGUUGAACGUUUGAAUAUUGAUGUUAUAUGAGUAUGUGCGUUUGGAUUUACGCUAUAUGUUGAUCCAAGUACGAACUAUUAUUUUAAUAUGUAAUGUUAUAUGUUCCGACGCAUAUAUUAAAUGCAAUUUGAUAUGAUUUAGAAAUGUAAUAAGAACAAUAUAAUAAAUUUUUUCAUAUAUACCGACUAUAUCAUACUAAGCAUACCAUUAGCGCUAAACUCACUUGUUCGACUGGACCAAUAAGCUAAAUAGUGUUUG